AUGGAGAUGAACAGCACUCUGAUUGAAUGCUACAACGGCAAAAACCCGUCCCAGCUUCUUUUCAACUUGCUCAUCCUGGACGCGCCGACGCCGAGCAACCUGCCGAUCUACAUCAAGGAGUUGCAGCGGCAGAAGGUACGCCACCUUGUGCAGGUGUGCGGCCCCACCUAUGACAAGAGCAUGGUCGUGCGGAGUGGGAUUGAGGUGCAUACCUGGGUGUUCGACGACGGUGGCGCGCCGCCGAGCUCGGUCGUGGAGAGCUGGCUUCGUCUCCUCCACACGGAGAAGGCGAAGCUGGAGGGAGGGGAGCUUUCCGCGCCGAGCACGAUCGGGGUGCACUGCGUCGCGGGCCUCGGCCGCGCGCCCAUCCUGGUGGCGUUGGCAAUGGUGGAGUUCAACGAGAUGGACCCCCUUGAUGCGAUUGAAAAGAUUCGUUCGAAGCGGAGGGGGGCUAUCAAUCAGGUCCAAAUGCAAUGGCUGAUGAAGUACAAGCGCCGCAAAUCGAACGGGAGUUGUGUUGUACUGUAG